GCAUUUUUUCAUAUAUUUUCAGCUCUAUGUUAAUAUUGUAUAAAAAAGAUUGGUUCUUUAGAAAAGGUGGUUUCUUUUUAUUGUUGUGACAUUUUUAAUAUCUCGGGCUCUUCAAAUUGUCUAGAAUGGCUUGGGAGCCGCCUGAGGGAAUCACCCUUGAAGAGGCCUAUGAUAAUGUCAUGGGAAAAAUGAUAACACACAGAAGUUGGACCCGUUUCGCGAGGAGGGCCUUGCGUAUUGAUUCCAAUGUUAUUGAUGAAAUCAAAGCAGAUAACAGGAAUGAUUCAAUGGAGCAAAAACAUAAAAUGUUGGAGCAUUGGAAACAAAGCAAGGGUAACAAUGCAACUCCUAGUCUUCUUUAUGCUACAGUAAACUAUUUUCUUUUUCCGGAUGAGUGUCCUGAUCCAAAUGUCUAUGUGAAGAAGUUACUAUCUCCAGGAAAGGAAUCCGCUGACGCUCACAGCUUCAAUGAUGAAGACCCAGGUCAAGACAUUGCCACUGGAAUAGGAAAUACCAGGAUAAGGGAUAUUCCCGUAGAAGAGUAUUGUUCGAAGGUUGACUAUAUCGAUGUUAAAUGCUGUGCAAGGGAGUUUUGGGAACGGAAUAAAAGAAGAGAGUCAAAUUACGCUUGUCGAGAAGGAUUUGGCCGGGUUUUGAUAAUGAAUAACUCCUUUAUACACCAUGGUGAUGGGUCUCGUCACGGCUCUGAUGUCGAUGUGAAAAAUAUGGAGGAUUUAUGGCUAAAGUUGGGCUGUAUUGUGGACGUCCAAAAAGAUUUGCAUGCCAAUGAUAUGAUUGAGGAGUUGCGAAAAUUUUCAGAUGCUCGUGACGAUGACAAGCCAGAUUAUUGUGUUAUUAUUAUAAUGUCCCAUGGAAAGGAAGAUGCUGUUUUCGGUAACGAUUCUAGAGAAAUUCGAUUUGCAGAUAUCAUUGCAAUGUUUAACAAUGAAAAUGCUCCAAAUUUACAGGAAAUCCCAAAAGCUUUUUUUUUCCAGUGCUGUCGAGGCGAUGAACCAGAUCAAGGAGUACCAGUGAGAAGCAAUGUGCCACAGCCUCGAAAAGAGAGCCCACCACUAAGAGGAAGACUCGCUACAGAUGCGAAUCCAACUAAGAAAAAAUUGCCAACAACAUCAGACAUGCUGAUAUCGUAUGCAACGCAACACGGGAAGCAGGCAUAUCGUCACACGGAGAACGGAAGUUGGUUUAUCAAUGCUAUAGCGAAUGUGUUCAUGCGCCAUGCCAAGGACGAGCAUAUGGUUGAUCUUAUGACGAAAGUCAAUAACGCUGUCAAGAAGAAGUCAAGCUCAGACGAUCUCGACGUGAAGGCCAUGUCGCACAACGAUUCAACUUUGACAAAGAAGCUCUAUCUCUACCCUGGACAUCGUAACUAAAAAUAUUGAGUGGUCAUUUACAAAAUUUAACGUCAAAAUGAAAUUUUUUUUUCACAAGUAUGGAUAGAAUAAUGAGAUCUAAAUCGACCCUAUUUUUAAUUUGCUCUUUUGUCUGAUUAUCAUUUAUGCUUAUAACAAAGUUAAAAUUUUUGAAUGAAAUUUUCCAAUAUUGUUCUUAUUGUCAAAAUCUAUUAUAUCGUGAUACUUGUUUUUUUGUUUUAGAGUUUUAGUAUUGUUAUAAAACAGUGGUUCCCAAACCGCGGCCAGUUGGUCAAUUACGGCCUGCGUAUCGAUUUAUUCUGGGCCGCCGAACUUAAAAUAAUUCAACACUUUAUAUAUUAAGAUUUUGCAUUCUAGAUGCCAUCAAUUGUUAUGUCAUUAUCACAGUUUAAGCUUGUUUAUAUUCGUAAAAAAUUCUUAUAUCGGUAUUAGGAUUACAUAUUGGUGAGUUUUUCCGGGUGCUCCCCUCUCCCAGCCUGCGAAUAUCUUUCUGAUUCUAAUUUUUGCCCCAGGUUCCCCAGCUUUGGGAACCACUGUUAUAGAGUUAUGAGAUUGACGUGCUUUUCCAAAAAGGGGGGGUUUUGUACAUAAGAGAAACUGUCAUUAGGACUUUAAAUCCUGUUACUGAUUGUUUGUAUUAUUUGAACUUUUCGUAGACAUGUUUUUUAGCUUAUGAUAUAUAACAGUGGAUUCCUAUCUUUGAGGCCCGUGGCCCCCUAUCUGGAGACUUUAAGCACUCGUGCCCCACCCUGUUUAUCACAGUGUUAUCAUGAUUGGUAGAUUCCAAAUCCCAUUAUGUUUGAACAAUUCAUGCUCAACAAAAAAAAAAACACUUGGUGAACUGACCUUAUCAAGCAAUAGCAAACUAGGAAGAACAAAGAGUUGUUUUGUCAAGGGAAAAGUAAAAUCCUACCAACUGUGCCUUGGGGGACAAUGGGCCUCAUGGUUGGGAACCACUGCUAUAUAAUAUAAGCUGGCCUACUUGUAUGUAUAUAGUAUAUUUUUAAUUUUGUUUGAAUAAUGUUUUAGUAAGUUUCUGCAAUUAGGAAUAGUUCAUACUAGUUAGCAAAUUAUCUUUCUAAUGAAUAUUUUUAUACUGUAUACAGGGGAGUAGCCCCCCCCCCCCCACCCCCCUUUUGAAUUGUAAAAAAAAUCAUUUUUGCAAUUAUUCAUAGCUUGAAAUGCUUUAUAGACCCUCACGACUCUACGACUCUUAAUAAAAACCCACAGACCCAAUUUUUUUAAUAGUUUAACGUGGUAAAGAGAAAUUCCCGACCCCCCCCCCCCCCUUUGAAAAUUUCUAGCUACGGCCCUGCCUAUCUAAAAACCUGAAUUAGCAAAGAAAAAUGCUAUGUCAAGAAGGCAUAAUUUAGCGUUUCUUAGUCUGUUAUCCAAUGUGAAUCGUUUUUGUAGGAUUUCUCCAUGUAGCAAUUUUAUGAUUAUUUAGGAUGAUUGGUUUUUAUCACUGAAAUUUUAAAGCAUGCAAAUUUAAUGCUGUUUAUUUUAAUUUUUGAAGUUUCUUUAAUUAAUAAUCGUUGUAUUUACAUCUUCAAUAAUAACUUAGGGUCUGGUGUAACAGUCCAUAAUUGUGUUCUUCAAAAUAUGACCAUAUAGAAGCCUAAUAGCCCUCGACAGAUGAGGUCAUUGAAAAUAAAAUAGCGACUAUAUGUUCAUUUGUAUACCUAAUUUUCGAUAUGGUAACCUUUUUUUGCCCAUGAUUGGUUAUCCCAAACAAAAUACAAUCUGAAUUCAAUAUAUAUAUAUAAUCAUAAUCACAUAUUUGUCCCCAUUUGAAACAUGCCAUUUGUAUGGCAAUACAAUAUCCCUUUUUAAGAAGGCCAGUUGAUUGAAGACCUUGUAUUCAUCCCUAUAUUUAGCUUUAUAUUGUAGCCUGUUAUAAUCCUCCAUGAAGCCCAUUCAAAAUACAAUUGGGGCCACAUAUUCAUCUUUAUUCCUAACCUGUUAUCCAUAGUCUCCUAAUAGUCCUAUACGGAGUAAGCCAUCUAAAUGGUAAUUGGGACAAUAUUCAUCCCUAUUCUGACUUAAUAGGCUAUUUUAUGGCAGCUCAAUAUAGCCCUCUAUGGAGGAGGUCCACAAAUGGCUAUUGGAAAACACACCUAUCUCUAUUCCUAACGUUAUUGUCUAUGGCCAUACAUCUGAAACAAAUAACUGGUUAACAAUAUCCUUACCACACACGGACUGAUAACUGGAGGAGAGAUUGUGGUACAAUAUAUGACAAAGCUUUCUUAUCUGCUUUUCUGUCCCCUAGGAUAAAUAUGUAAAUGCUAUCCUACCCUUAUAUUGUGGGUUGUGUGCUUCCCACUCCUCAGAUAUAGAUAUGAAAUUCCUAUUCCUUUUCCAACUGCCAUAAAAAAUUUUGAUCGCCAAUCACCACCAUUAAAGUCUUAAAUUUCAACACCUGACUAGAGAAAUUGAAUACACGUCUAUAGUCAAAGCAUAAUGUUACACCAGACCCUAAUUUAUAGUGUUUGUUAUAAAUAAUUUUUCAUGAAUCUUUUAUGCAUUUAUUAUAUAUAUACUUUAGA